GCACUCUGUUUUAGUGUUCCGCGCACCCGCAGCGCAUUGGAGGCUGGUGUACAGUCUUUUACCUCGUGGAACAGGAAAUCUGAAUAGCUAUUUCUUUCAUAAAUCCCUGGGUUGGGGUUUGAUUUUGUUCUUUUCUUCUUCUUUUUUUUCUUUUAGGUUUUUAACUGUCGUAAAAUCAAAAGUAACAGGGUCAGAUCCACGGAGUCCAGCAUCUUCGUGACAUAACAGAAGCUGUUCUGGAACGGGAAAGGGCGCUUAAGUCGUUUUAUGGAGGCUUGUGGGACGCAACGAAACAUUUCUUAAAAGGAUCUUGUGGAAGGUGUCCAGUGGGAAAGAGACUGGGUGGACUCAUCUACAACUGAUCCCCGUUUUCUGAUCGCAAUGGACUUGGAAUGAAGACAAAACAUGGAUAUAAUCUGGGAAAUAUUUAUUAUCCUUCAAGCCAAUCUCAUCGUUUGCACUUCAGCUCAGCCAAAUCCACCCAAAAUCCAUGAGGGAUGGUGGGCUUACAAAGAAGUUGUUCAGGGGAGCUUUGUUCCAGUGCCAUCGUUCUGGGGGCUUGUAAAUUCUGCAUGGAAUCUGUGUUCUGUGGGGAAGAGACAGUCUCCAGUCAAUAUCGAGACGAGCCAUAUGAUAUUUGAUCCCUUCUUGACACCACUGAGGCUCAACACUGGCGGACGGAAGGUUGGAGGGACAAUGUACAACACCGGCCGCCAUGUCUCACUCCGACUGGAUAAAGAGCACCUGGUGAACAUCUCCGGUGGACCAAUGACAUACAGCCAUCGUCUUGAGGAGAUCAGGUUACACUUUGGAAGUGAGGAUGGACAGGGCUCUGAGCAUCUCCUCAACGGCCAGGCUUUCUCUGGGGAGGUGCAGCUUAUACAUUACAACCAUGAACUGUACACAAACUACACAGAAGCUGCUAAGAGUCCAAAUGGCUUGGUGAUAGUGUCUAUAUUCAUGAAGAUAUCCGAGACUUCAAAUUCAUUUCUGAAUCGGAUGUUGAACAGAGACACCAUCACAAGAAUAACAUAUAAGAAUGAUGCAUACCUGCUCUCUGGGCUAAACAUUGAGGAGGUUUAUCCAGAGACGGCAAGUUUUAUCACUUAUGAAGGGUCUAUGACCAUCCCACCGUGCUACGAGACCGCGACGUGGAUUCUGAUGAACAAGCCAAUUUACGUCACAAAGAUGCAGAUGCACUCCAUGCGACUGCUAAGUCAGAACCAGCCCUCGCAGAUAUUCCUCAGCAUGAGUGACAACGUGCGCCCGGUACAGCCUCUGAACAACCGCUGUAUCCGCACCAACAUCAACUUCAGCAUGCAGGGCAAGGACUGCCCCAACAACAGGGCACAGAAGUUGCAGUACCGAGUGAACGAAUGGCUGCUGAAAUAGAGCCAGGAUGUGGACCAGCCCAAGAACACCAACAUGAAAAAGAAUGAAGAAAAGGGCUCAUGCAUAAGUGCAGAAUGAAGACUGACAUAUGUCCUGCCAGAUAAAAUCCUGACGUUGUUAAGAAAAAAAAGAAAAAAAAAAAAGAAAACAAACCCCAGCCAGAAGAGACUUUGCACUCUUGGCAAAGUAAUCCAAUUUCAUACAUCCAAUCAAAACUAGUGACAUACAGUUAUAACUACACACGUUUUGAUACCUUUUUUGGGAGAGAAAAAAAAAUAUCUAUAACAUUUAUUCCAUAGGCUCUUCACAAAUGGAACUGAAUGUUUUUAGCCUUUGUACAUAUGGACAACUUGCUACCAAACUGGGAAAAGGGACAGGAAAUUGAACCACCCUACCAAUGCAGAAACAUCCUUGAAUCAUAACUGAAUUCUCAAUCUUUAUUCUCGCUCACGCUGUGGAGAGGAGGGAGAGGCAGCCUUGCAGGUUUAUUGUCAAGACAAAAACCAUCAUAAAGACUGAUAUGAUGUGAUGUUGUCUGUGUCGGGGGGGUGUCUUGGCCUUGUAAAUAUAAUUAUUCAUGCUAAAAAUGAAUAUGUAAAGAUACAAAUAAACAUAAAAAAAAGAAUAGAGGGAAAAUAAAUUAAAAAAAAGUUUAAUAUUUUAUGCUUGGCGCACUUUCUGAAGCAGAGCUGAUGCCUUUUUUUUCUGUUUCAUUGUUUACAAUGGUCAUACACUGUGUUUGAUUAAUGUUAUCGGCCCAAUAAAUGUGUUUGGAACGUU